UGUAAGAAAAUGGGACUCUUCAUGUCCGCGGGUCUAUGUCAGUUGGCACAGCAUUGGUACCAAGUGGUCGAUACAAGACGUCCCUCCGGAAGACGAUGAAACAGCCCUGCAGCUUCUGAGGAACUACCUCAUUCCUGAUGAACCCCUUGGUUCUAUGAGCAAGUUCAUCGAUGAUCCGGUGAGCUUAAAAUGCAUAACUGAUAUCUGGCGUGAAUGUUUAAAGCAGAGAAUGACACUCACUUGUUACAUUGAGGAAGAAAGUGAAAAAGCUUUAGUAGCACUAAAUGUUUGUGUUGUAGAUGACAUUGCACAACGGUUUCGCACUAUCAAGGUUGAAGGUGAGGCCUGGAAAAAUGUGUUCUCUGCGAUGGAGUACGUGCGGCAUAAAAAUGGGUUUUGUAAGAAAAUGGGACUCAACAUGUCCUCAAGUUUAUGACAGUUGGCAAAGCAACGGUGCGAAGUGGGUGAUACAGGAUCUCCCACCAGAAGACGACGAAACAGCUCUGCAGCUUCUGAGGGAAAAUCUUAUUCCUGAUGAAACCCUCUGUGCUCUCAGCAAUCUUAAAGAUGACCCAGAAAGCUUUCGGUCCAUAUCUGAUUUCUGGCUUGCUUGUUUUGCUCAGAGAAUGAGCCUCGCUUGUUACACGGAAAAAGAAGGAAAGAGAACCUUGGUAGCGAUAAAUGUUUGUGUUGUUGAUACAAUUGGAGACAGCGUUCCGAAAAUCGAGAUUGAAGGAGAAGCCUGGAAAAAUGUUUUCAACGCUUUGGAGUAUAUAGAGCACAAAUGUGACCCGUUUAAAUAUUUUGGCUACGAUAUUCUACUUCAUGCACUCGGCCUGGUGGUGAAGAAAGAGUACAGAGGUGAAAAGUUGGGAAGCAGAAUGUUAUCAGCGAGGGAACCCUUGAGUCGUCCACACGGUAUAAAAGCAACGUCUACAGUAUUCACCGGUCCAGCAUCACAAAUAUCAGCAGCUCGAAGCGGAUUCAAAUCAAUAUGUGAAGUUUCUCUUAAAGAACUCGCCGAUAACGGUUUGAAAUACCCUCCAGAUGAGAACAGGUCCAUAAAACUGAUGGUCAAGAGCUUUGCUUGAUACAUUAAAUACUAUCAAAUAAAAACUUAUUUAAAUGAGACAAACGUGAUUAAGGUAUAAAUAGAAUUUGGUAUUCAAUAUCAAGGCUAGUCUAAACCAAACUAGUGUAUGACGCUAGACGUUUCAUAGUACAAAAACACUUAUUCAUUAUUAUUUUUUACGUUGAAUGACUUGUCAUCUAACAAUUUAUUAUUUUCUAUUGCAACAUUGUUUAAGGAUGUGAAUACAUAUAUAACAUAUAUUAAUUUUUUAUUAAAAAUCUCGUUGUCAUAACCAUCAAUUCUUUUUAAAUAAUAUAUUUUAACAAAGGGUACUAAGUCAUUUAAAACUCACUAUUAGCUACAUAAAUAAGUAGGGAACGAGUAAGAGAAUAUGGUAAUCAAAGUUUAAAAGUCAAAGAGCAUCAAUUAUCAGACGAUGUGACGUACAGACAAUGAAGGUCACUACGCUUAGUACAAAUCUGCAUCGCUUCUUAUCCAACAUCCUGCUGUAAUCUAUCAAUAAAAAAACUCUUAACGCUCGGUAUGUAGUGUGACAAUGCUAGCCUGGCGUAAAUAUACAGACGCAAGGUGAAUGUCUAGUUAAGCUUUGAUGAUCUGAAACUAUUUUUAAAAUAAGAUUAUGCCCUUAUCAAUAUCGUAUAAAUCACUUUUAUCACAUGUUUGUUAUCAUUUAAGUUAGUUUUACUAAUUAUAUGUAAUGAAGGCACCACUCGAGGCUUAUACGCUCGUAAAGAAUGAACAAUUUUAAAAUUUA